AUGACCGUUAAUGAUUUUCUCGCCGGAUCGGUGGCCGGCGCGGCCGGUAUCUUCUUCGGCUACCCGUUGGAUACCGUGAAAACACGACUGCAGACGAGCUCCAGUUAUUCGGGCAUAAUUCAAUGCGUCGGGAAAGUGCUGAAAACCGAGGGGGUGCUAGGAAUGUACAAGGGGGUGACGGCGCCGUGUCUUUUUGCCGGCAUCCAGCACUCACUCCUCUUUGCCGGGUAUGCCACUACGCUGCAUUUGAUGCAUCCGGGCGAAGCGCACGUCGAGGCGCGCAAGGACCUGCCCCUGGCCGAGAUCAUGUUCGCCUCAUUCAUCGGCUCCAUCCCACAGCUAGUUCCGUCGAUUCCAGUGGAAGCUGUGAAGACAAGGCUUCAGUUUCAAACGGAGGGCUACGCGUCCGCCUCGGCCCGUUUUCACGGCCCGUGGGAUUGCGCACGAAAAAUGUGGAAAGCCGAGGGGAUUCGAGCCAUUUAUCGGGGCGGAAACGUGAUGGCCGUUCGAGACUGUUUCGGCAACCUAUUCUACCUGCCCGUCUACGAGACGCUACAUCGAUUUUUGAAGAACCAGGGCUCGAACACGACGGCUGCUCAGUUGAUAGCCGGAGGUUGCGCGGGCUCGGUUAGUUGGCUAAGCAUCUGCCCCCUGGAAGUGAUCAAGAGCAGGAUACAAAUUGCCGACACGCCCAGAUCAACCUUAGCCGUCGGUCGCGAAAUCCUGGCCGCCGAAGGCUGGCGGGCUUUUUAUAAAGGCGGUCUCUCGAUGGUGCUCCGCGGAUUCCCGGUGAACGCCAUCAUUUUCCUCGUCUACGAGCAGUGUCUGCUUUUCAUGGAAAAAGAAAAAACGGCCAGC